GGCCUUCGGCCACUGCACGCCAUGGCCGCACUCCGGAAGUCUCCUCAGCGCGGCGUCCACGUCAUCUUUCAGGCGCUGCCCCUCGCGCCCAACAGCCUCCACGGCGCCUUGCUCACGUCAACGCCCCGUGCGUGCGCAGGCGCACAGGAAGCACGCCCUCGCUCCGCCCCUUCCUCUGUCCUGUCUUCCUCCUCGCCGCGAUUGGCCCCGAGGAGGGCUCGUCAGGUACCCCGCCCCGUCUCACGGGCCGGCCCUUCCUUCGCCAGCCCCGCCCCGCACAAGAUGACGGCCCCGGGCGGCCGGCGGUGGUCUCCGCUGUUGCGGUCCGCCGGGCGGAAGGAAGCCUGGGCCAGCUCCACCGCCCGCGGCGGCGGCUCCUGGGCUAGAAAGGAUCAGGCAAGCGGCGGCUCCUCCCGAUACUCCCGCACGGCGCUGUACGACUUGCUGGACGUCCCAGUCACGGCCACUCAGGCGCAGAUCAAGGCGGCCUACUACCGGCAGAGCUUCCUCUACCACCCGGACCGCAAUUCGGGCAGCGCGGAGGCGGCGGAGCGCUUCAUGCGCAUCGGCCAGGCCUACAUGGUGCUGAGCAGCCCCUCCCUGCGCCGCCAGUACGACCGCGGCCUGCUGGGCGCCGGGCACGCGCUGGGGGCAGCGCGCGCGCCCCCGUCCCCCUCGCCUCCGAGGCCCACGCGCGCGCACGCUGCCUCGGGCCCCCAGCGUGCGCGCCCCGCGCCGGGGGGCCGGCACAUGUUCGACUUCGACGCCUUCUACCGCGCGCACUACGGCGAACAGCUGGAGCGGGAGCAGCGGCUGCGGGCCUGGCGCGAGGCCAUGCGCAAGGACCGUGAGGCGCGCGCCCGCUCCGGGCCGCGCUGGGACGACGGCCUGCUCCUGGUCGUGCUGCUCUUCCUGGGCUUCCUGGGCUUCUCGCACAUCAAGUAGCCCGGCCUUGGCCGUGACUUCCGGGGCCCGCGGAACCCCGAAGGACCCGACCCUUCCCUGGCCCGGGGUGAAGGGACCCUUGGUU